AUGCGCAUUGUUUCUUUUUCCCUUUUCCCCUUCUAUGUCGCUGCUCGACGCAGGUUGGUCGUCGUUGACGCUAGACUACUCUUCAUUGCGAGGGAGAUAUUUAAAGUCGCCCAAAGAACCCAUAUCACGCCUCUCUUGGUCCCUCCCUCCCUCCCCCCUCCCCCGUUCCCACAGUCUCUUCACCUUCAUGUUCCUACGAGAAGCAGCAGCAGAAGCAGCAGCAGCCCAAACGCAUACUUGUCCUUCAGCCCCCUCUGUGUGCGUUUCCAGGACCACUCCUCCGAGUCCAAGAUGCCUUCUUCGAAACCUCUAAAGAUAAAGCCUUCAGAGGUUGCGGCCGACACCAAGAAGAAGCUCAUCCCCGAGGUCAACAAACACUUCCGCGAUGAAUGGCCUCCUUACUCUGUUCUCUAUUCACAGCCGUUACUGCAACUUCCCCUUAACCGUCCAAACUUUAUGAGUUCAGACCUUCCCAAGUUUUAUGUCGUUCACGGAGACCCUGUCGAUUGCGCCAUUGGUUGGGCUCAGAGUGAAGGGGUCCGCAUUCCCUUCAUCUGCGCCGCGAAUGAGAAGCGCCCCGGAGGAGAUUGGGAGACGGGUGUCGUUGGAUACGAGCGGGCGACAAAAACGUUGAUUCGGUACGGCGCGCAGGAGAGGCUAUGUCGUCGAAGCAAUCUGUCGGCAACCCUGGGCACCCCACAUCCGGAAACCUACAUGUCAUCGAACUACCCCAUACCAAUCGAGGGAGCUAUAUACUCACCUGACGUGGUGCGGUUCCGCCAGUUUCAAGACAGGAUUGAGUCGUUGGAAAUGAAGGAUUGGAGAUCCCUGCCAGUCAUUUCGAUGCCGCCAGCGCGGUGGCCGAAACUCACCGACAUGGGGAGAAAAUACUCAUUCACAGAGGAACGCGAGCUGGUCAGGAACAAGAUGAGAGCCGCCCUGCGAAUCUGCGUCUUCAACGGGUACAACCACGUCGUCAUUGGCGAUUUCGGUCUCGGCAACGGAUACCGCAACCCGCCCAAGGAGCUGGCGGAGCUGUGGCGCGAGGUCUUCCUCUACGACCCAGAGCUAAGGGGCCAGUUCCUCGCCGUCAUGUUUGCCUUUGAGGACGACAGGCAAUGUACAUCCAAGUGUAUCCUCGACGACAUUGCCAAGAAGACCAAGGGAAGCAGCAGCAGUUCGUCGAAAAGCAAGUCGAAAAGCAGUUCAUCAUCAUCUUCGUCAUCGUCGAGUUCCGGGAGCGGCUCAUCGAGUCACAAGAGCGACUUCAAAAUCUUCAGUGACAUCUUCGCUCCCAAUGAGAUCGCCAGAGUGCGCAGCCAACCCGAUCCGCGCUAUGCCUUCUCUGCAAUCAUGGAUGGUUCUUGA